AUGCAGGCGGCACAGGAUGACAAAGACCAGUUCCAGCCCGGCCCAGGCGACUCGUCCAAACGGAACGUGGACGCAAUCGCAACAGCAGCAACAGCAAUAACACGGAGACAGCAGCUGGAGCACUGCUCAAACGACGCCCUGGGCCUAGGCUUACUGAUGCGCGUCAAAAGGAAACAUCUUCCGAGUGAGACACCCAGCUUCAAAAGCUCACUGAGCACUUUCAUGCUGGGCUGGAAAAGCCACCCGCAGAUGCGUCCGCGAGUUGCUGCAGUAGCGCAGAGGGAGGAGACCUCAGUAGAAAUCCCCCCUUCUUGUCGUGGCUGCCUUGGCCCGUACAAUGAGGGCUUCGUCCGGCCUACUCUCCUUAACGCGGACACGGCUACGCGCUUCAAGCAGUACGCCACCCUGAGAUCAGGACCACCACCAGCCAUGGCUGUCCUGCCGAAGCCGAUUCCGCCGCUGUAUACAGUCUACAUCCUGCGCUCUACAGUUCGCCAUGCGUCCCUUUACAUCGGAAGCACCCCUCACCCACCCCGCCGACUGAAGCAGCACAAUGGGGAGGCUAAGGGCGGUGCAGCGCGGACGUCGCGCAGUACCUUGCGGCCCUGGGAGAUGGUCGGACUCGUGUCUGGGUUUCCGGGGAUGGUGGCAGCCCUGAAGUUUGAGUGGGCAUUGACGAACCCUCAUCUUUCUCUACACAUCCCCUCAACCUCCCGUAUCUCCGUCGCAACGCAGAAGAAACGGAAUGGACACCCGAAACGGCCACGACACAGUCUGACUUCCAUCUUGUCCAACCUACAUCUGCUACUGCGAGUCCCCAGCUUUGCGAGGUGGCCACUGAGCCUGCACUUCUUCUCCGAGGACGCCCACAAGGCUUGGACAAAAUGGUGUUCGACCGCCAACGAGCCCGUGCGGGAUACCAUCACAGUCUUCACCGAUUUUGAACCUGCACGCGAAACCACCGUAGAGGCAGAGGCAGCGGCAGAGGCCGAGCCAUCAGAAGAGUCUGGCCAUGCUUCGGGCAUCCAUGCCCUACCCCUCGACUACACCCCGCUGAAGGAAUAUGUCACGAAAACAAACUCCAUAUUCACCUUCGAGCGCCAGGGCGACUGCAUAGUCUGUGGCGAAUCCAUGGCCCCAGGUGAAGGUCUCUAUGCGACUUGUAGCAACGUUAGCUGCGAAGGUGUCGGUCACGUCGCUUGCUGGGGCCAGCAUCUCCUAGGCAACGACGGGGAUGAGGUCAUUCCCAUUGCAGGCCAAUGUCCCGAAUGCCACGGUGCCGUCAAAUGGGGCGACAUGAUGAAGGAGACGACUCUGCGCAUGCGAGGUGCAAAGGAAGUUGACAAGCUUCUCAAAAAGCCCAGAAAACGCAAGGCUGCCGCCGUCGAUACGUGA